AUGUCGCCCUUGGAAGAUCCCGAAUGCUCCAUCUGCUGUGUCGACAGCGCUGACCUGCCACCCGCCACCAUCCUUGUCGAGUGCCCCUUUUGCGCCAUGUACGAGUGCACUGUUUGUAUGGAGCGCAAUGCCGCGUCGUCCACCAAACCCGGACCCAUGUGCAUGAACUGCGACGGCCUCUACACACUCUCGACCCUGCAAAAACUCCCCAAAAUAGUCCGGGGUCUGUAUGAAAGUUGGAGUGCCCGGUACCUGCUUGCCCAGGACGAGGAACGCCGCUCCGACCCCGUUAUACGGGAGACGGUUGCUCUGAUCAAACGGUCCAUACGCGACGCCCAGGCGAAUGUCAUACUUUGCCGCUCAGACAAGACGAACGCAUCGAGUGGCAGUCUUCUUAUCGAACACGACCAGAACUCUUACUCUCACGUCACCGACACCUCUGCUGCUACCACCCUAGUGUCCAGUCGCAGACGAUUGGCAAGGCCGGGCUCUAGGGUCCACAAGGCCCACGGCAUCGCUAAGAAAAAACCAUCGUCGUUCCGUGCCAACUACAAGAACAGCAAGAACAAAUACCUAGCUCUUAUAGACCCCACUGUCCUGCCGGGCGCGUGGUCGGACUCUGGGGUGUUCAUCUAUGGUGCCGUGCCCGCCAAAACCGCGACCGCUAUAGUCACCCAGUUUCUCCGAGAGAUCACAGCAACACGAGAGCCAGCUGACGAUACUGGUCGAGAGGGCGCCUCUAGCCGUGUGCAGAUUGCGUGCCUCACCCCCGAGUGUCCGGGAUACCUGUCGUACCCUACAGGUUUGUGCUUCCAGUGCACCAAGGUGUACUGCCGUGCGUGUACCCAACCCCUAAAACUGACCCAGAUAGCUAAUGCUAUGCUUAUUGACAGUGUUCACCCGGAUUCCUCUUCGCUAACCCGGCUGGCAGCGCUUGCCGUGAAGGACCACACUUGUGACCCAGACCGGCUGGCCACCGAGAAACACCUGCGUGACACAACCACGGCGUGUCCGAACCCCAAGUGCGGCGCACGCGUCAGCAAAACCUGGGGGUGUGACCAGAUGUGGUGUACAAUGCCGAAUUGCCGCACCCUGUUCUCGUACAUGACGGGUAAACGCAUCACUAGUGGGUUCGUACACAACCCACACUACACACAGUACCUGCGAGCCGGCGGCGAGCGCGUUACGCUCGGUGCCGAGGACAUUCCAGGGGUUAACCCCGAUGCAACGACAACCACCAACACCGAUAAUGGACACCGGUGCGAGAACGACUUUGGUACCACGGCCGAAAAGGUUGGGGACCUGUACUACUCGAAUACCGUGGACGAUCUCAUGACGUAUCUGGUACAAAUCCGCGAUCUGGACCUACCGGCCCUGCUGGCGUUCCAGAGCCGUAUAUCUAGGGAUAACACCGUCCGGUAUUUGUGUGGGUUCAUGAGCGAGACGGCCUAUGUACGCUUGCUACGCACACACGACGAGCGCAUGGUAGUCGCGGCGUGUCUGUACACAUGCAUCCUGCAGUACACGGACCUGGGGGCUCAGUUGAUGUUGGACCUGUGUCUUGAGCACGAGCCCGAACCGGUUGUGGUGUCGGCAAUCGACAAACUCACCCGCAUGGUCACACAGACGACCAUGUCGGAGAUCCGCAAGAUUACCGGCAAGACGAUGUUGGUGACCGUGACGUCCAAGGAAGUGAUUGUGCCGCUAGCGGGCGUGGAGUUGUCAAAACGGACGUUUUAA